AUGGUGACAAUGUGCGUGUGGAUCAGGUUGUUGGUGAUGUUGGCCGCCUGCUGGGCCCAGGAGGGCGAGUGGAGCGAGGAUGCUGAGGACCUUGUGUCAACGGUGGACGUGGACGCAGUUCUGGGCCGUACCGCAUCGCUGCCCUGUGACGUCACCCCCGACACCAAAGAGGAUCGUGUCUACAUGGUGCUCUGGUUCCGCGCUGGUAAAGCCAGUGGUGGAAAACCUAUUUACAGUUUCGACGUUCGUGGUCGCUCGUUCAACAAGGCUCUCCAGUGGUCCGACCCCAACGCAUUCGGCCCUCGUGCAUACUUCGCCACAAUAGCUCGACCAGCAGCUCUGACCCUCGAUACCGUGCAGCUGGAUGACGAGGGCUUUUAUCGUUGCAGAGUCGACUUUAAGAAUUCGCCGACAAGAAACUUUCAGAUACGUCUACAUGUUAUUGUUCCUCCACACCAACUGAUCUUGUACGAUAAGUCAGGUCGCGAUGUGUCGGGCGUUGUGGGGCCAUUGGAAGAAGGCAAUGAGUUGGUGCUCGUCUGUGAAGUUAGAGGAGGUCGGCCAGCACCAACGGUAAUGUGGUUGAUCGACAAUUCACCGGCACCACAAUAUAUUGGAGAAAAGACUGAUACCCAUGUCGUGGUCAACCGGUUAGAAUUAUCACACAUAAGAAGGAACCAUCUAAACACCACCUUCAAAUGCCGAGCCUCGAACACCAACCUCGUCAGCCCACAAGAAAAGACUGUUAGACUUGAAAUGAAUUUAAAGCCAACGCUGGUGCAGAUCCUGAACAAGCCAACAACGCUGUCGUCAGAGACACACGUCAGCCUAACAUGCGUGUCAGAAGGCAGUCGACCUCCGGCGCAGUUAACUUGGUUCAAGGAUAAUAGGAAAUUUAAGAAAGCUAAGAUAGUAGAAGCACAGAACGAAACGUGGGUGAGCAGCACAGUACAGUUCACGCCACAGCCUGAAGAUGACGGCGUGCAGCUGAAAUGCCAGGCGGACAACAACGCAUUGCCUGGACAGAGCAUUGAAGACUUCUUCAAACUUGAUGUUGUCUAUCCACCAGUAGUUUCAUUAUCGCUGGGCAGCACACUCAACCCUAAUGACAUCAAAGAAGGAGAUGACGUGUACUUCGAAUGCUCCGUCAAGGCUAACCCAAGGGAACACCGGAUAACAUGGUAUCAUAAUGACAAGCAAGUAGUGCACAACGUAGUGGGAGGCGUGAUCGUGAGCACUAAAUCCCUAGUGCUACAGAAGGUGACAAGGGACCACGGAGGUGACUACUCAUGCCGAGCCACCAACGCUCUUGGAGAAACGCCCAGUCAAGCCACGCACCUUAGUAUACAAUAUGCUCCAGUAUGCGUACACUCGUCUCCGCAAGUACUAGGCGCGCAGAUCGACGAGGUGCUGCGUGUACGCUGCUCAGUCACUGCCAACCCGCCUGAAGUCAACUUUUUCUGGCAGUUCAACAACAGCGGUGAGAGUCUCGAUGUCUCACCUGCUAAGUUCGGUACAGCAAACGGCAGCACGAGCGAAUUGAGCUACAGGCCACAAAGUGAGCGCGACUAUGGAGCUCUGAGUUGUCGUGGAACAAAUUCUGUAGGGCGGCAGGCCGAACCUUGCAUAUUCCAGAUUGUUCCUGCUGCACGACCAACAGCUCCACGAAAUUGCUCACUUCAAGCCAGCAACCACAGCACUGACAGCGUAUCAUGGUUGCGUGUACGCUGCGUCGCAGGCUACGACGGCGGAUUGCCUCAAACUUUUCAGCUGGAAGCCCUGGAUCCUGUUACUGGGAGAACUAGAUUCAACGGCAAUGUUAAUGAGACUGAUGGUCUGGUGGUCUUCAAAUUAGAUCUGUCGCAGCUGUCUUCGAUCGGGGACUCAGAAGGCGCUACCUUCAAUCUGCUGAUCUAUGCCAAAAACCUAAAAGGAGAAUCCGAAAAGACUUUGCUUGAAAAUAUUGCAUUCAACGACGCCGCUAGAAGGACAGAUGGAAAAACUUCAAUGGGCGGAGUGACACUAGGUGUAAUGGUGGCGAUAAUUUUGGCUGCUACGGUAGCCGCUGGUGGCAUUGCACUCGCAGCUUUAUGUGCCCGGCGUCGUCGCUCCCAGCCACCUCAUAAGCAUCCUCCUGGUGACGUCUUGGAGUUCAGCGACGGUGGUCGAAGAUAUGUCGUUGCAUACACUAUCAAACCUUCACCGGAACUGAAGACACCUGAUCCACAGCCCGACAUUUUAAAUCCACCUGAUGCUGAGAGUCAAAAUGUUCCUCCUAACAUCGAAGAAGACGAAUGGCCUAACAUACAAGAAGUCCGUGGAGACUGGGGAAAGACUGGAGCUGUCUUCUCAGCCGAAGAUUUAGCAUUGCUAGAUUCUGCUGGCAGACCACAGCUCACUUCUGAGGCUGACAUGCUGACCAGCAGCGGGCAAGAAGAUGUUCUCAAUCAGAACACGGCUCAGCUAGCUGUAACCAAUAACUUUAGGCCUAGCUUCGUAGUCAAUAGCCCCACUUUGGGAAGCCCUAACUUUGUAUGUCCCAAUGGCAACGUGGGCUCUCCAUUUGGAAGUCAGACUAUGACCCUUACUGGACCAACCCUGAGUUCGGGGAGUAUUGCAACGUCGACUCUUCAUAGAAAAGGUAAAGGCAAUGCUCGGAGAAGAGAACAUGUCCUUGCGGAAAACUUGCCUGGACCUGAAAGUUGUGUGUAAAAAAGUGACUUUAGGGUUGAAAACUUUAUUGCCGACGAAUGAUGAUAUGAUAAUGGUUGCUUUUGUUCUGCAACUCGUUUUGCUAAUUAACUUGUUUUGAAUUUGUAAGUAUAUUAAAUAUUUAUUUUGCCAGACAUAAAAUGUUUUCGCGUGACAAUAUUUCUUUCUAAAUAUAUGUAGACCAAUAAAUAAUAUUACGUUUUAUGUUAUUAUUAAUGAAGAAAAUUUUA